AUUAAUGUCGAAAAAAUAAAGAUCUAGGUCUAGACGUAGAUUCUAGGCCUAAAUUCUAUGUGAUGAUAAAACAGGUCUCAUACGUGUUAAUUAAUUAAGGGUGUACCAUACAUUAUGAGACAGAACCAAUCGAUGCGUUUAGCUCGCAAGCGGAAGUCAGUUCCUUCCACAAGUGCGUGACAUAACCAAAACAACACAUUCCUUGAGUCACAGUGGCUGCGGUAACUGAUAGGCAGGCUUAUUUAUCCGUUUUACUUCAUGUUUAUCUUUGACAGUUGACUUUGAUGACCUUUUCCGGAAAUGGUAAAGCUUUAUGUGAAUUUCUAUUGCUGAUUUCCCUCCUCUGUACUGACCCAGCGUCGUUCGUGUCUCAAAGGAGGUCCUGUCCAUCAGUAGGGACACCUCAAAGUGACACCAGUGAUAGUAAUGACAGAUAUCUUGCCUUGACGUCUCAACAAGGUUACACAGAGCUGUGAUAGGAGCUAGAGACAUAUCGAACUAUUACAUUGGAUUUGGUGCUAUCCUGCUAUUCUGAAAGCGUUUGGACAGCUGCAUUUGAUUUGUAGCUUUGACCAUGUCAGUGACAGCGACCAAGAACAAAGGGAUGAAGAAAUUUGUCAUGGACAACAAGGGUUUCAUUGACAAUCUGCAGGAUCAUGAAAUCUCCAAGACCUUUGCCUUUGGCAAUGUGUGCCAGAACUGCAGUCUGCUUUGCGACUAUUUUAGUGCGGGUGGCAAUCUCAAUGCCAGAGACAGCAAAACCGGGGAGACGUUCCUCCACAUGCUGUGCAACUACACCCACCUGUACCUGACAGCCAACGGCACCCGCAUCAUGUACCUCCUGUGCACCAAGCUGGACCCAGACGUCACAGACCUCCGUGGCGACACUGCACUGCACAAAGUUGUGAGGGUCCCGGGAGCCUGGCGCUGCAUUGUCGCUUUGUUGAGGUGUGGCUCUUGCCCCUUGAUAAAGAACAAUGCUGGACGAACUCCUGAGGAUGAGAUUCUGCACCUGAAAAACACUGGAUGGCAAGAAAAUCUGCACUGGUUGAGAAAGUUCAAGCCAGGCCUUUGGGCAGCUGUGAAGAGUCAGAAUCCGGACCCGGUGCUGAUUGAGCGACUCCUGCGCUAUUGGUGCCGCACCACCAAGAUCAUUGGCAAGGAGACCGUCAAUCUGAAAUGCCUGGUUCACAUGUGUGAGACCCAGCUUGACACAGUGCUCAUCCUGGAGAAAUAUGAGAACACCAAUGAGAUGGCACUGGCCAUGCUGAGUGGCAAGACACACUUCAUCGAUAUGUGGAAAUUGGCAGAAAAUCUCCAGAAAGUGGAUAUUAAUACCAAGGACCACUCGUACCAAUUCUACUACAGAGACUACCCGACGGCCCCCCGCCCCCUCAUGGCAGCGGUGUGGGAGAUUGACCAGCUGGAACUGAUUCAGUCGUUUAUGGAGCUCCAUCCAGACACUUCCAUCAAGUACACCUUUGAGUCGGAGGCCACCAGUCCUCCAAAACCUCUCUUCUUCCAGCUGGUCAAUCCAAAGUCAAGACCACAGAAUGAAGCUAUCACAUCACUGAUCCUGAGAGAUGCAGACCUAAACAUUCGUAAUACCCAGGGCCAGACUGUGCUGAUGGAGGCCAUGUACAAUGGUGAGACAGAAGGCAUCAUCAGAGCUAUCCUCAACUCAGGGGUCAAUGUGGCAGCCCGGGAUUCCAAUGGAAGAACAGCCAGGGACCACAGCAUCUUACUCAAAAGGAAUGACUACAGAGAACUGAUAGACAGCCACAUCAUCGAGAUGGUUCAGGACUGUGACAUUCUUCGCCUGGAGGCUCUGGUGCUGCAACUCUAUGAGCACGUGGCCCCUGUCUGUGCCCGCCACCAGCUGCUCUGCAUCGCCAGACAGAAGUGUUCCAAGCAGCUUCACGAGCUUCUCAAGAAUGCAGCUGGCACUCAGGCUGUGGUGAAAAAGCUUUUCAGCUUUGUCAAGUCAGGGAACAAAGUACAGCUGAUGAGACAGAUGACUCGAAAGUACGCCAACGCACGAGACAAGGCGGGCCGCUCUCUGCUACACUUUGCCAUCCAGCACAGUCUGACAGACAGCUCAGGGAAGACACAGCAGCUGCCGCCCAGAGGGCUCCCCACAGUAAGAGGGGAUGUCAUAAUGGAUGACAUCUCAGUGCGCGGCGUGGCGAUUGAAUCCCUGGAGGACCCCACCCACAACAGUGACACCACACAACUUCACGGCAGAGGAUACCGCUGUCGGGUUCUGGACAGCGUGAAGAAAGAAUGUAAUCGUUUCAAAAAGAACCGCUGUCUGUUCUCCAAGUGCAUGAACCAAGACAACUUUACCCCUGACCAUGUUGGAGUCAUCAAAUAUCUUGUGCAAGAGUUUCCUUUUAUGCUUGGACACAGCAACAAUCUUGGACAGACUCCCUUGCACUAUGCCUACAUCUACACUGCCAACCAAGAGGUCUUGGAUUUGUUGAAAACCACUGGAUCUUGUGAGCACAUCAAAGAUGUGUAUGAUUUUGUUCCUGAAGACUAUGACUAUCUCCAAUGUGGUGUUCAAACAUUUAAUGUGAGGCGAAAGCCAGCAGUAAAUGUGGACUUGGAUAUUUUCCUGACAGAGUCAGAUUUUGAGCAUCAAUUUGUCAAUGCUGUGAAGAAUGGUGAUCAGGAAGAAGUGAAAAAGCUUUUAGUUCCCCUGCUGGAGCAUGGAGGAGAGUCCAGAUUUAGCUGUGUUCUCUUUGACUGCCUUGACAAGGGCUACUUUGACCUAGCCAGCUUCCUGGUGGAGGCAGGGUUUGAUAUUGAUAUUUCCAAACAGUAUGAGGUGUGUGACCCUGACGACCCCAUGUGUGCCAUGAUGGAGUGUGGCCACGCCUCCACCACCUUCAAGCAGCGGGCAGAGGAGCUGGGAGCGACCUCUCUAGUCAGACUCAUAGACUCCAUCUCCUUGGCACCAACACGGACGGCUGUCCACACCUCAAGCUGAUUUCAAAAAGUGGAGACAGGAGAAGAGAAGUGGAAAGACCUAGAUGACUCUGUGGUAGGCAGGGUUUGGUCUUGCAGACUUGAUGUCAGUUGAAGACAUACUAGGGGGUGAGGCUGUGACUGACAAAGGAGUUUCCUUGGGCAUUUCUCUUUUAUUGUUGGUGGCUAAUAGCCUGAUUUUACAUAGUUGUUAAAAAAUUUUCAGGAGAGGGUGAAAGUUAUUAUGCUUUCGUAACAAGUCUAAUAUCUUGUUUUCAUUACUUUAGAAAAAAAAGGCUUGUUAUGGACUUCUGAUUUCUGGA